AUGUCUCACUAUCCCUCCUCUUUCUCUCACUCUGAUGCUCAUCGACAUCAGAAACGAGACUCUUCAAUUUGUCAAGCUUAUCUUGCACCCGCUGCUAGCGAUGUGAUUGAAGCAUAUGCGCAAACCACCUUAAAGUGGGACCCAAAGUGUCUUACUACUUACGACUCACUCGACAUAUAUCUUCAAUCAGUCGAUGCUGCUCAACCGAUCCAUCUCUGGAAGUCUGUCACUACCUCCGAUGGUCAACUUACCACCUCCUUCAUUCCCUCCUGGUGGAACAGUACCAACGCUGCUACCCUCCAGCUCGUCAUCACUGGUGCCGAUCAACCAGCUUGGGCCGGUUCGGGAUCUGGUCCCACUUUCUUUGCCGAGUUCAACGGCACAACUCCCGACUCUGUCCCCGAUGCUGAGAAAGCUAAGACUCAGCUAGGUGGUCCCAGUGUCGAAGUCAUCAACAAGGCACACUCUCGUGGACUUGCUGGUGGAUCGAUUGUAGCCGCUGUCUUGGUACCUCUACUCGCAGUUGCAGGUCUCAUCGCGGCUUACAUCGUUGUCUCUCGUCGUCGAAGUGGAACCGCAAGCAAGCGAUGGAGUCAGUACGUCGACCAACGAAUGUCGACUGCCCCCAAUGCUGCCAACUGGGAGGCGGGCAGAUUACCAAGCGACCCCGUCAUUCCUCGUCCCGUCAGCGCUCGUGUUGCAUCAAUGUACCGUCAUUCUGCUUCGCUCCCUUCGCGUGCAUCUAUCGUCGCCAACACGCCAUCUCGUCUCAGUCACGCCUUCAGCCCGGAGAUGUCUCAGCAUCGCAAUGUUUGUGAGCUUGCUGGCCUUGUCAGCAGUGCACUUGGAUCCUUGCUUGUGGUGUCAUCAAAAAUUUGA